AAAAAAGUCAAUGGGCAUCGAAAAUUUAGGUACUGAGGGAGUAUAUAUAUAGCAUCUCCCGCUCCGUUCAAACUCCAAGCAGCGCUAGCUCCACCCAGCUAGGCCGUACGUCGGCGAUGGGGCCAACGGCGAGCGCGGCUGCACGCCGGAGCACGCGGCAACCGUCGACGAUGACGACGACAAUGUCGCGUCGCACGGCGGCGGCGGUGGCCGUGUCCGUGGUGCUCCUCCUCCUCUCGUCGUGUCUCCCUUGUUGCUCGGAGGCAAGGCUGCACUACCACCGGAGGCAGCACCGGAGGGCGCCGCACCGCGGGCACCACCGCGCGGCGGCGGCGGCGGCGGCGGCGACGAACGGCGGCAGCCACAUCUCUCAGCCGCCCGCCGCGCUGCCUCCCGACUUCGACAGCGGGGAAUCGCCGGCGGAGACGCCGGGCUUGCCUCCGGCUGGCGUCGAGGACGCUCCGCCGCGGCGAUCUCCGCGUGAGAAGCCGUGCCCGACGAUGCAGCCUCCCGUCAAGCCGCCGGAGGAGUUGUCGCCGGUGGGCGCGCCGAGGUCGCGCGUUCGGGCCAUGCCACCGUCACCCUCGCUGUCGCCGCCGGCCAAGGCGCCGUCACAUUCUCACGCUAAGACGCCGUCGAUGCCGCCGGCGGAGCGGCCGGCGCUUCCUCCCACCAAGGCGCCGGCGGCGAUCUCGCCGGCCACGCCACCUCAACUCUCCCCAGCGAACGCACAUUCGACGCACCAUCACGCGAAGCCACCGUCAUUGCCUCCGGCCGAGCCACCAGUGCCCUCGCCGUCGCCGGAGCAUCCACCGCGGCACUCCCCGUCAAAGCCACCGGCGUACGCUCCGGCCAAGCCACCGACAGCACUACGUCCGGCGAUCCCUCCGGCCGCAAUGCCAAAGCCACCGUCAGUCGCUCCGGUGCAGCCACCGCAGCGGCCGCCUGCCCCGGCAACAAAGCCACCGCCGUCGUUUCCACCGCAGCUCGCCCCGACGAUGCCACCACCGGCGCACGCGCCGGCGGAGACACCAGCACCACCAACAACGCCACCGGCGCUGCCACCGGCCACGACGGCGCCAUCACCGAAGAACAGCUCAUCAUCACCACCUCCACCCUGCACCGGCGGCGGCGGCGGCAUCAGCAACGUGUUCGACGUGAGGGCGUUCGGCGCGACGGGCAACGGCUCGAGCGCCGACGGCGACACGCGCGCGUUCCGCGCGGCGUGGAAGGCGGCGUGCUCGGCGGAGUCCGCCACCGUGCUCGUGCCGUCCGACGGCGUGUUCACCAUCACCUCCACCAUCUUCGCCGGGCCAUGCAAGCCAGGCCUCACCUUCCAAAUCGACGGCGUGCUGAUGCCGCCGGACGGGCCGGCGAGCUGGCCGGCGGCGGACGGCCGGCGGCAGUGGAUCGUCUUCUACAGGGCCGACGGGAUGACGCUGUCCGGCAAGGGCACCAUCGAAGGCAACGGCGAGGAGUGGUGGAAUCUCCCGUGUAAACCUCACAGGGGCCCCAAUGGAUCGACCCUACCCGGCCCAUGUGAGAGCCCUGCACUGAUCAAGUUCGUGGCGAGCAGCGACGUGAGCGUGCAGGGCCUGAGGAUGGAGAACAGCCCGCAGUUCCACCUCAAGUUCGACGGGUGCAGCCGGGUGCUGGUCGACGGCCUCGUCGUCAGCUCGCCGGCGUCGAGCCCGAACACCGACGGCGUCCACGUCGAGAACACGAGCUCCGUCCGGAUCCUCAACUCCAGGAUCAGCAACGGCGACGACUGCGUCAGCAUCGGCGGCGGCUGCUCGGGGGUGCGCGUCGAGAACGUCACGUGCGUGCACGGCCACGGCAUCAGCAUCGGCGGCCUGGGCGCGCGCGGCGCGCGGGCGUGCGUGUCGAACGUGACCGUGCGCGGCGCGCGCGUCGUCGACUCCGACAACGGCGUGCGGAUCAAGACGUGGCAGGGCGGCGCCGGGUCGGUGUCGGGGGUGGUGUUCGACGCCGUCCAGAUGGUGAACGUCAGGGGCUGCAUCGUCAUCGACCAGUACUACUGCGAUGCGCACGGCGGCGCCGGCGCCGGCUGCGCCAACCAGACCGCCGCCGUGCGCGUCGACGGCGUCGCGUACAGGGGGAUCCGCGGCACGUACAACCCGCGCGGCGGCGGCGGCGCGCCGGUGCGCUUCGCGUGCAGCGACACCGUCGCCUGCACGGGCAUCACCAUGACCGACGUCGAGCUGCUGCCGGCCGGCGGCGGCGACGAAGGCGGCGGUGCCAGCGCCGGCGCGAAGCUGGCCGACCCGUACUGCUGGAACGCGUACGGGGUGAUGGAGACGCUGACGCAGCCGCCGGUGCACUGCCUGCAGGAAGGUCGCCCAGAGUCGCUGCAAGAUCAGCUCGCAAGCUGCUGAGCAGUAGCAGACAUGACAUGCCUCUUCUUUUGACAAUAGAUUUCUUCUCCGCGAUUCAUGCUAAUCUAUAGAUUUUCUUUCUCAA